AGUCGUCUGCUCUCGUUUCUCUCUCUAGAUGGCUAGGAGGCGAGGACGACCGAGGAAAUCAAACGAAGGAAGAGCAAUGAAUUCACCACAAUCGGAAGCUAGAGACUGUGUGGCAGAAGGCAGCCCUGCAAAUCUAAGUUUGGGAAUGCAGAAAUUGACUCCAAAAACACCAUAUGAGGUAAAAAAUUCGAGCCCAGAUCUACAUGAAAUUGGGGAAGCUAGUGUACGAACAGGGAACCCUGGUAAAGGGGAGUUGAAAAGCAACCUGGAUCAGACGCCAUCUCUUUCUUUCGCCUUCUUUAUUACCGUUCGUCUGCAAUUCCGCCGCUCACCCGACCCAUUUUUCUUCCUGUCCAGGUCAGUUCCUUCUCUCGCCGCCAUGAUUGUUUCAGAUUCCGAUUCGGCUACCCCAUCGUCCAAUUUUCGCCAAGCCGAUCAAUCGGCCUCUGGCCGUAACCCCGGCCACACUCCAUCACCCCGACCGUCGUCGUCGGGCGUGCCUGGCCACAAACGGCGUCGAUUGAGGAAGCAAUACCCUUCCUCAACUCCGGUAGAUGAGGGCUCAAGGGUUGAAUUGGACGAAAACAUUAUGGCGUUGUGCCAUUGUCAAAUUACUGACCGGGGGUUCGCCGAUGCCACUGACAUGGUUGGACCCUCCAUCAAGGUCAUGAGACCUACCAGUACUCAAACUGCUCUAGACGCACCGUCGGGGUUCUUCACGGUCCAUCUGGCGUCUUUGAAGAAGGGGCUGCGCUUCCCACUCCACCCGUUGUUGGUCGAAUUCCUCAACGUGGUGGACCUUCUUCCGUGCCAACUGGUCCCCAACUCUCACCGGUACAUCGCCGGUUAUCUGGUCCGGUGCAAAGAUGUAGGGGUGAAGCCGACCUUGGACCAUUUCAUAUUCACCUUCAAGCUAACCAAGGGCCAUAAAGAUUGGGCGUCCUAUGCAAGUCUUUCCCAGAGGGCGACCUUCCUUCCGCCGCAUCCCAUGCCCCCACCUGAUGCCACCCUUUUGUCCAUCACUCGCCAACUCUGCAACAAGGGAGUUAUGAACGUCAAAGAGGUGGUGACAGAGGAAACCCUUGCCGGGUUGGGGUUUGAGUUUGUUCAGGAUGAGCUUCGCCACCAAGCCGACCUACUGAGGGACAUCCCCGGGGGGCAUCAGCCUGACCAGCUGAAGGACAUUCCUGAGGAAGGUCUUGACUGUGGUCCUUUUGUGGAAUUACAAGAUUCAGGAGAAGAGAUGGACAGCGAUCUCCUGCUCAGUCGCUUCACUGCAGGGAGGAAGAGGAAGAGAGAGACGAAGGGCCAGGGCAAGCGUUCUUCAUCCCACCACGAGGAGAGUCCUUCUCAAGAGCCGGCCGUAAUUGUGGUGGAGGACCAAGAAGAUGCUACCCAGGAACCGGGUACCAUAGCUGGCAAAUCCCCUCCACACCCCGUGAUGCAGGGUGGCGACCUCGUUGGGUCGUCUCAGGGCAUUGCCUUGGAGCGACCUCCCUCACCACCCGCAGUGACCUACGAGGUGGCGACCGGGGGUCGCUCGACGAGGCUCUGCAUCCCUCCCCCGCCCCAAAGCCUAGGGGACGUACAACUGGAGACUCUGAUCACUCUGCCUGCAGAAGACCAGGCUUGUAUCUCAGCAGGCUCCGAGGAUGACCUUGACAACAUGGUCCUUUUGAGGCUCAGUCAGGCCGCCGCGGACGAGGCGAUGAAAGCAGCCGAGGCCAAGCAGAAGGAGCUGCAGGAAGAGGUCGCUCGACUCACAAGGGAGUUGGAGGAGAAAGAAAAUCGCUGCGCGGCGCUUGCUGUGGAGAAAGCUUCCCAGGAGAACCGCUGCGUCGCUCUUGAGGCAGACAAGGCCUCCUUGUCCUUGGAGUUGGAAGUGGAGAGGAGCGACCGGGUCCGCCAUGCAGAGGAAGCGGUAGAAUCCUUCAAGUCCUCUCCUGACCUCACGGUUGUCGCGAUGGAGCGGAUGGAAGAGCUAACGGCCGCUUGGCUCAAAACUGAACCUGGGGCUCAAUGGAUGGUCAAGGAGGGGACCAAGUCCUUCAAUUGUGGACUCUUCCGCGCCCAACAGUGGUCGUCGGUGAAACCGCCGCCACUACCUCCAAACCCUUAUGAAGACUUUAGUGAGGCGUACAAGGCCCUCUCCGCCAACCGCCUGCCUGACGGGCGGAUUGACUGGGAUGCUCCAUGCCCCCUCCAUUCCCUGCAAUGUAUGGCCUGGGAGAGCUUUCAAGAUGAGCACUUACCCCUCCUGGAGCAUGAGUGCGCAUACUACGCAAGUCUUGAGCGAUGGACUAGCGAAAGUCGCACCAGUUCGCCGGUGAGGCCUAAGGAGGAGGUUGUGUUGGGGGAAGAACUGGGUUCUUCCCUACCUCACCCCACUUGCCACUCCCCUUCCCAGAAGACCCCUAGGCGACCUGGAGUAGCUCGAGCGGCUUCAGGAUCUCCAUCCUCGUCUAGGUGAUGCUGGUUGGGGUUCACUGAAAAGUGAGCCAUCCCCCGUCCUCUCGUGGUAGAAGAAGGGCGGUGGGUUUUUGCCGAGGCUGGGGGCGACCACUCCCGUUCCAUGUUGGGGAAGAAAGGUGGUCGUCCUGG